AUAUGUCCAUUUUAGAGUGUUGUCAAAACUGUCAAAAGGAGAAUAAAGAAAAAUCACUUUGUUGUGAAAAAUUGCGUGAAAAUUCACUUUCCAUCGUGUUCUUGUGAAAAUUGGCAAGACAAAGGAUUCCUCAGUGUGUCAUAGAGGAAGACUGGGGUGAAAGAAAUUACCUGGAAGUGUGGGAUUUGGAUGUAUUUUGACGUGGAAGUUUGACUUCUGCACUUUCUUUUUGUUUUGAGUGUCUUUUCUUGCAUUUGGUGCCCCCCUCAUUGACCACGGAAGACCUACACGGUGUUUACGGGAAAUUCAACAGUGGAAAGCGACGGAGAAGAUGAGUGAAUUGACACCAGAAGAGAUACGUCAGCGUCGAUUGCGACGUCUGGGAAUGGGGGAGCCCACGCGGGAUGCCCAGGAGAGUGGUGCACGGGGAACGUCUGUGUCAUCAUCCACGGAAAGCGGGAAUUCCCGCGAGAAGAUUUCCGCGUGCGGGGAGGAGCGCCAAUCGAGCCUUGAGCUUGUUGAGCAUCGUCAGAAGCAACAAAAGAUCGACACAGAGCUGAACAAUGAAGUUGUCCUGACGUCUGUGGAUCAGCACAGUGUUAAUAAUAACUACAGGGGCAAUCUUGGAGAUGAGGGGAAGACAGCCACGGCCAGCUCAACGACGGAUAAUCAAGUUGUGGUGGAGGAGCAUCAACGGAUGGAGACAGAUGAGUGCCUGGAGGGGGAUAAAUUGGGUGACUGUGAUUCAGGGAUUGAGAAUAUGGAGACAGAGGACUGCUCCGAGAGUGCCAAAGCCAUUGCGCCCAAUGCGGAGAUUCUGCUUGACAAUCGAGGGAAUACGCAGCUGGAGAUGGAGAUUUACCUGUCAAAGGUGCUCAAUGCCACCUGGGCGGAACACUGCAAGGGGGCAAUAAUUGUCAAGGAAGUCGCCACGGAGUACAUGGAUAGUUUCGAGGAGGUGCCGGAUGUGGAGGAUCUCACUUCCAGGGUGCUGGUUAAUGUCAUUCAGUACUACAUGGAGGGAUUCCUAAGGAAGAGUUCUGCGGAUUUUGCUGUCAAUGUGGCACUCAGUGGCGAUGGGAAGCCCCCCUUGGAGGCAUUUGAACGUCGUAUGGGUGCCCUGGAUUACCUUGUAAGGUGCUACGAUGUCAUCCGGGGGGAAUGCUACAAUCUCACAGCGUCAAAGCGCAUCAAUACGCCGGAAUUGAUGGCUUUCCUGGACAUGGUGAAGGUACAAAUACUCCAGCAUGCUGUUCUCGUACUCAAUGGAACCAUUCGCAGUGUCAAAGAUCCCGCGGAGAGGGGUAAAAUCCCCGAAAGGAGCCCCCUGUUGCAGCUAAUGCUGGAGAAGACGAUUGAUGGGGAUUUCCUGCAGAAUUUCAUUGCGCACACGUACAAAAAUGUCGAUGUCUUCCGGGAGAUGUUUGAGCCGGUGCUGCGGGAUCUCUUCCGGGACAUGCAGAAGGCAAUUGUGUCGAAGGAUUUGAACGUGGAGAUUCUGGCAACGUUGGAUGAGCUCACGGCUGUUGUUGUUGAGGGGAAUGUACGGCCGAUAUGUAAUCUCAUCGCGAAGCAGUACAACUUCUUCCCGAUCUCGUGUAGUCGAGCACCUGGGCGGGAAAUAGCCAAGGUGAGCUUUUUGGGGCCCUUCCUGUCGCCGACGAUCUUCGUGGAGGAGAACCCCAAGAUUGUCGAUACGUUCUUCACGAAUGACACAACAGUGGUGAAUUCAUCGCUUCAGUCGAGCUUGCAAGCGGGAUUAGGGUGUAUCCGGAAUUACCUUCAUUCCGUCUUUCAUGCCCUGCUGAAGAAUGUCGAAUCGAGGAAUUCCGUUCUCAUGUACAUGUCAACGAUACUCAAGGCGAAUGAGAAGAGAGCGCAAAUUCACACGGAUGAGAGGGUCCUGGCACGAGAUGGUUUCAUGCUGAACUUCCUGUGUACGCUGCAGAAGCUGGCGGAGAAGAUAAAGCUGGAUCGUGUGGAUAUGAUGUACCCCUUUCAUUGGGAUUCCCUCAUUCACAUUGUCAAGGAUACGAAGCUGCGCUACGAAUCGGAGGAGUACAAUGAAUGGCUUCAGGAGUAUCGUGGGGCGCAUGUGUGGGAGCCAACAAACUUCCAGACUCAAUGCUGGUUCCUCACCCUCCAUGCGCAUCAUAUUGCCAUCAUUCCGGCAAUUCAGCGCUACAAUAAGCGUUUGAGGGUAAUCAAGGAGCUUCAGCGGCUCGUCUCGGAGCUGAACAAUACAAAGAGUCAGUGGGAAUUAACACCGCUUGCGGCGAGAAAUGAAGAUCUCCGGAAGCGCUGGACGAUGCAACUGAUGAAGCUCAAUCGUUCAAAGGCUUGCUGUGACAUUGGGUUGCUGGAUGAGAAUCUCCUACGUGCCUGUAUGCGUUUCUACAGCACUGUCUGUGAAUUUAUCUUGUACCACAUGGAGGGGAAGAAGAUUUCCGGGCCAUUCAUCACGAGCAUCUCACCGCCACAACUCACCCCAACUCCAGAAUUCUCAGCCCUUCCUGAGUGGUACGUUGAGGACAUUGCAGACUUCCUUCUCUUCUGCAUGCAAUUCGCAGCGGAUGUUAUAAUUGAAGAUAUGGAUCAUUCAAUCAUUACGUGGCUCCUCACGAGUGUUUGUGCACCGCAUUGCAUUAAGAAUCCCUACGUGACGGCUAAACUCGUGGAGGUUCUCUUCGUGACAACACCCACCAUUCAAACAACAUCACAGAGUCUCCACAAUAACAUAAUGUUCCACGACAUCUCCCUGUCCGUCCUCCCAUCAGCCCUCAUGCGCUUCUACACGGAUAUCGAGACAACGGGGCAGAGUACGGAGUUUUAUGACAAAUUCACCAUCCGGUACCACAUUAGUCACCUCUUCAAAUGCAUGUGGCAGAGCCCCGUCCACCGGUUGGCCAUGAUUAAUGAAUCAAAGACUGGCAAGCAAUUUGUGAAGUUCAUCAAUAUGCUCAUGAAUGACACCACCUUCCUCCUGGAUGAGUGCCUUGAGUACCUCAAACGGAUCCAUGAGACACAGGUGCUCAUGCUCAAUGACGCAGAAUGGGCAAAAUUAUCCGAUGAGGUGCAACAGAGUCGUACGAGGCAGUUGGCACAGGAUGAGCGUCAAUGUAAAUCGUAUUUAACACUAGCGCGGGAAACAGUGGAUAUGUUUCACUACCUCACAGUGGACAUUAAGGAGCCCUUCCUGCGUCCGGAGCUUGUUGAUCGCCUCAGUUCAAUGCUAAACUUCAAUUUGCAGCAACUCUGUGGGCCAAAAUGCAACAAUCUCAAAGUGAGGACACCCGUGAAGUAUGGGUGGGAACCAAGGAGACUUCUUGGGCAGAUUAUUGACAUCUAUUUGCACCUGAGUUGUGAUGAAUUUGCAGCAGCACUGGCAGCUGAUGAGAGAUCCUUUGAGAAGCACCUCUUUGAUGAUGCAGCAGAUCGCAUUGAACGCCUCCAGAUUCGCUCAACUGUGGAAGUGGAACAAUUUAGGGCACUUUUGGCUAAAGCUUAUGACAUUUAUGUUGCAAAUCAGCAGCGUGAGGAUGAAUUUGCGGAUGCUCCGGAUGAGUUCAAGGAUCCACUGAUGGAUACCCUGAUGAGUGAUCCCGUUAUCCUGCCAUCGGGUGCAAUAAUGGAUCGUUCAAUCAUUACGCGUCAUCUUCUCAACAGCAACACAGAUCCCUUCAAUCGGCAACUUCUCACUGAGGACAUGCUGUUGCCUGCGACUGAGCUAAAGGAGAAAAUUCAAGCGUGGAAAAGGGAGAAACGAGAUGGAAAUCCAACAGCUGGAAGUAGUUCUAAAAGAUAAAAAUCACCUCAUUCUAACCCAUCGUGAGAAGGCGGAGGAAGUCUUUGUUGCAAAAUUAAAAAAAAAUAAAGCGCUAUUAAAGUAGAUUUUUAAAAGGAUUUCGCGCGCGAUAUUUACGAUUAAAUAGAGAAGUUGAAGAAUUUAAAUAAAAGAAGAAAAAAAUCUCUCAAAGUUUCUUUUUGUACAAAGAAAUUCUUUAUUGAACCAGCCACAAGAUUUUUUUUUUAAAAAUUCUUUACAUAUUCAAUGUAUAUCAAUAAAAUUAUCCUCUAAGUUACAUAAAA